AUGAGAAAUCACACAGCAAUCACCACGUUCAUUCUCCUGGGAUUGACAAAUGACCCACAACUGAAGAUUCUACUUUUUAUAUUUCUACUUAUCACCUACAUGUUGAGUGCUGUUGGAAACCUGGCUAUCAUCAUUCUCACCUUUGUGGAUGCUCACCUUAAAACUGCUAUGUACUUUUUUCUGCAAAACUUUUCCUUCUUGGAAAUCUCAUUCACAUCUGCCUGUAUCCCAAGAUUCUUAUACAGUAUAGCAACAGGAGAUAGAACCAUUACCUAUAGCUCUUGUAUAUGUCAGGCAUUUUUCACAGACCUAUUUGCAAUAGUAGAAUUCUUUCUUCUGGCAACUAUGUCCUACGAUCGUUAUGUAGCCAUCUGCAAACCCCUUCAUUAUAUGACAAUCAUGAAUCCCAUGGUCUGCAAAAAACUUAUCUCUGGCUGUUGGAUAAUUACCCUGUUGCUCAUAAUACCACCACUUGGCUAUGCACUGACACUUGAAUUCUGUGACUCUAAACUCGACCACUUUGUCUGCGAUGCUAAUCCUCUACUGAAGAUCUCCUGCUUUGAUACAGAAUUCAUGGAGAAGAUGGUUCUUUUCUGCUCUUCAUUUAUCCUACUAGUGACUCUCACGUUUGUGGUUUGGUCCUAUGGAAGUAUCAUUCACACAAUUCUUGGGUUCCCUUCUGCUCAGCAAAAGAAAAAGGCCUUUUCUACCUGUUCCUCCCACAUGAUUGUGGUUUCCAUCACUUAUGGCAGCUGUAUCUUCAUCUAUAUCAAACCUUCUGCAAAAGAUGAAAUGGCUACUAAUAAGGGAGUGGCGGUGUUAGCUACUUCCAUCUCUCCCAUGUUAAACCCAUUUAUUUAUACUCUGAGAAACAAACAAGUGAAAAAUGCCUUGAAUGAGAACAUCGAAGAAAUAAUGAUUUUGCAAUUCAAAGCCAGAGAAGCUAGUCUAUGUGAAGAAGAGUCAGUUGAUCUCACCAUUGGUAUAAAAUGUAAGCAGAAUACAAGGGGAAAAACACAUAUGUCAUGA